AUGGCAAAGUUUAGGUACCUGUCGGCAUCAAAGGAAAUUCUCAAGGGAGUUCUUCUGAUAUUCUGUGUUUAUGGAGCAACAGACUAUUCCCAGCCAAAAGAAUGGGUGGAUUUCGUCAAUAAUCUUGCUGGAGGCAGCCAUAUCUACAUAACUCAACUAAGCCUCUACAUGACAAUAAUAACACUGGUUCUAAGCUACUGUGUAAAGCACAUGGGCGUUUCAAGCAUCAAGGAGAUAUAUAGGGAUUUUCUUUCCAUCACUCUUCCAAUGGAAGGCCUUGUGACAACAGUAUUCUGGACACUUAACUCCAUAGAUCCAACACUACUGAAGAAUAAGGAGCUUUAUACUGCAGGCGUUAGAACGCCGUUGAUAUGCGAGGUAUCUCUUCAUUUAUUUCCCUUUAUUGUUCUUCUUGUAGAUCAGGUGGGAGUUAAUAUUUAUGAGAAAAAAAGGCACUACUGGUUUUUUGGCAUAUUUGGCUUUACCUACUUCAUCGUCAUUCACCACUUCCAGAAGCUCAACGACUACUGGAUCUACCCAUUCCUAGGCUACAUGACAAUACUGAUGAGGGCAGUCUUGGUCUUUACAGCGGUGUUAUUAGUCGUAGGCUAUUACAAACUAUUUAUGCAGUUCUCUAGAGUUACCAACACAAGAAUGUACCCAAAAACUCUCAAGAAGAAGUUGAUGUAA